UGACAAUUAUUUCCUGACUCGGAAGCUUGAAUUUCACAUUUGUAUUUGAACGCACCGCGGCUACGUUUCCUGUUGUCUACGCCUUUAAAAUGUUCUCCGUGCACGAUUACGCUUCUGGCUUUACCUUUUGGUUGUUGGACCAAGACCGCUCGCCCUUCCUUCGAGAGGAAACUCGCACUGACGUAGCUAGCUAAAGAAACCAGAGCCGCAGACAGACACCAGUGUUAACCUUCUUAUAUACUGUCUAUGGUGUUAACUAGGCGCGUUAAUACCACUGUUUUACUGAAUCUCUCACAUUCCUGUCACCUAAAUUAUCUGCGUUUGGUUGACUGUAGGGCAGACAGGAAAAACACAGAUACCGAGAGCUACAGACGAGAGGAAAAUUAAGCGGUGUGAAACCUGGGCUUUGGCAUGGCUGAUCUCCUGAGGCUGCUGCUCCGGGUGGCUGAGAAAGCUGCCAAUGUGGCUCGGGUGUGCAGGCAGGAGGCUCCCCUCUUUCAGCUCCUGGUACAAGAGAAGACCGGAGAUGACAAGAACAAGAAGUUUGUUCAGGACUUCAAGACGCUUGCGGACGUGGUGAUCCAGGAGAUGAUCCGGCAUGAUGUUGGUGCUCAGUUCCCUGAGAUGGCUAGCUACAUUCAUGGAGAGGAGUCCAACAAGUUUGAAAAUGGGCUUGGAGAGCGCGUGACGGUCACAGUGUGCGGCACAGAGAAGGAGACCGCGGCGCUGCUGGCCACGGUGCUGGACGGCGAUCACACAGCGGCGUCUCUGCUGGCUCGAGCCAUCCACCAAGACCCAGCAACCAUCGACGCCAACACAGACGGUCUGACGGUGCCCCUCAGCCUCUCUGAGCUUGGCAUUUGGAUCGACCCCAUAGAUGCCACCAGCCAGUACAUAGAGGGCCGAGAGGAGGUGCUGGAGGAGGGCCGCCUGUCUCCUUCAGGCCUGCACUGUGCUUUGGUCCUAAUCGGGGUUUAUCUCCGGAGCACCGGCGAGCCCGUCAUGGGUGUCAUCAACCAGCCGUUCUACUACAAAGAUCCAGCAGGUGGAGGCUGGAGGGGGAAGCAUUUCUGGGGGGUGUCCUGUGGCGGCCUGAAUGCCAGCUCAGUGCCCCGGCCCAAAGAUGCACCUGGAGGGGGGCUGUCUGUGGUGCUGAGCUCCAAUGAGAAGCAGGUGGUAAAGGAAGCCCUGACCUCUCUGUGCGGCCCUGACAAGCUGAUGUACGCCUCCGGAGCCGGCUACAAGAUCCUGUGUGUCAUUCAGGGCCUGGCGGAUGUUUACGUCCUCUCAGAGGGCAGCACCUUUAAGUGGGACUCCUGCGCUCCUCACGCCCUGCUCCGAGCCCUCGGAGGGGGAGUGGUGGACCUGACUAAGUGUCUACAGUCCAGCCCUGGAGCACCGGAUCAGCACACAGAACUGACCUAUCACCAGCCGUACCCUGGAGGUAGAGGAGCAGACCGCUGGGCUAACCAUGGCGGCCUGGUGGCUUAUCGAGACUGUUCUCAGCUUCGCAGCAUCAUCGCUCCUCUGAAAGGCAAGCUGUAGUUGAAAGAGCAGCGGAUGUAAUCGGCACAAGCUGAAGCAAUUAUUGUUGCAUAUGCUCAUAUUCAUGUUUUUUAUAUUAGUAGAGCGAGCGAAGGAUGGGGUUACAGGAUGAACUAUUUUAAAUAUAAAUAAUGUCUUAUUUUUAAUCAUAUAUUUGCAAGUGUAUAUUAUGAGAUGAACAUCCGUUCUGGGCAAAAUGCUGUUUUCAAAAACUGGUCUCGUCUUUUGGUUUGGAAAAGAGAGAGUUUAUGUUGCCAGUAUUGUUACCAGUUGAUGAAAAUUCAAACUAUUGAUGUGUCAGGGAGUGAAGGUCAAAGGGUGGAGUGACAGAAAUAGUUUGGGAACCACUGAUCUACGUACAUCAUACCAGAUGUGUGCGACUUGCGAUACACCGCAGAAAGUUCCGACAAUCACGACAAUGUUUCUCGGUCAGUUGUACCGUUAACUUGUAUGAGGGACUAGCUGUAGAGCUGCGAAGAUUCAAUAUUUCCUCCUCGCAGCUAAAACAAAGUAAGCAAGCAUUAUUUGGGAAUUUGGUCGAGCUCAGGCCUGAUGAGCACUUAUUAAACGUAGCUAAGCUGUGUUUGUCUACAUGUUGCAUGAAGGAACAGCGCUCACUGCUGGACAGCUGAGGACUGCCAGAGAAAAGGUAAUGUGGCAUCACAAGCUUCUGGCUGAUCGUAAGGGUUUUUCUUGGACUUAAGUCUAAAUUGCAGUUAUAAACAAUGAUAUUGCAAUUUUUCUACACUACCUAACCUGUAAAAGGUUAUAAGUUAAAUGAGACUCAAAUCAAGCCGUGUGCAGGAAUCUGCACUUCUCUGAAACCACUCCUUUUAAGGAGCAGAGGGAUUGAUGUGUCCUGUCCUCGCUCCAUGGCCAUAACACCAUUAGUUAAUAAGGUCAGAGAAUGGAAAAGCCAUGUGAGGUAAAACGGACACAAAACCCUUUUCAGUGUGGGUUUACAACUAAAUGAAAUAUUGAAGGAUGGGAUCUCUGUGGGCUAACCUGCUCCUCUAAAGGACUGAAACAGAUUCUUAUUAAGAUGUUUGUAAUGACACAUGUACCCUUACUUUCAUUGUCACUGUGUGUGUUUAAAAUGGUAUAACUUUUGAUAUUCAUUGUUGAAUAGCUUAGAAAUCAUGUAUGUAUGGGCCUACUGAGCAUAAAACAGAAAAAGCAAUGUGCAUAUAGGAAAUCCUCUUUAUUUUGAAAACCAGAGAAAGCGGGGGAAAGAAAGCCAACAGUGAUAUUUUAAAACUGUUUUGCCAGCCAGGGAACUCGCCUCAUAAUUCCCUCAAAGAAAAAAACCCUGAUGAUUGUCUUAUUUUUUUUUUUUGCAAUACUUCUGCAUAUUCUGUUAAAAGCUGGAGAAGGAAAAAGAAAUCUGAAGUGUUCAUUCUUUCAUUGACCUCUUGGACUUCAACCUGCUACCUUAACGUACAGCACAGAACAUUCUCAAGUCAAGGUGGACGUGUGGGAAAACAAAGCACUCUGCUCAACGUGGGUAUAGCUGCUAAUCCAGUUUUCCAGACAGGGCUGAAUCAGAUAUUUGAUGAUCUGAAGAAAAAAGCGUAGAUAAUAAAAGGCCUAAAUAAGUAUGUAAGAUGAGAAAUUGCACGUUGGGAAAAAAAGAAAAUCAAAUUAACCUAAUUUGUGAAUGAAAUAUUUGAUCAAAGUCAAUUUUAGUUUUCUUUCUGAUUAUCACACAGUUAACGAUCUGAAUCCUGCCCAGUUGAAAAAAAAUAUGUUAAGGCCUCAUAGUUCUGUCCAAACCUUUCUUUAUACUAUCAAAUGGUUUUUCACCAGAAUGAAAAUAAAUCCAGAAUUAUUUUUACAUUUUCAGUUGGUUUCAUUUAAAAGGGCCCUUUUAGUUGACAACUCAAACCGUGUCUGGAAAACUGGUCAAAUGCGUACAACAGAAAAGCUAUUUUGACGGAUUAAAAACAAACAUGGCAAACUUAAUGACCUGCUUCACUGAGCUCAAACAUUUGCAUCAAAGGUUCAUCUUUUCAAGCUACCAGACAAACCUGCAUUAUGAAGUACAAUGCCAGAAGAUAGUUCUGAUACUUGGGUUUCCCAGAGUGACGGACGUGGACUUAAAUGUGUUUUUUUUUUCCAUUAACAUUUUUCUCACUCAUUUAACAUUCAGUUUCUACCAAAAAAUAAUCUUAAUUGCAAAUGAGCCGUUAUCUUAGCGAGCUACACCUCCUACACAGCUGCAGCUGCAGGAGUCUGGUUAGGCUGAAUCGCUGAUGACUGUUCAAGAUCCCUCUGAUGUUAUUACUGUUGUGGGUGUGCAAAUUAACACACAAAAAAAAAAAACAUUGAACGUGGUACUUUUCAUCAACCGUCAAUAUAAAAAAAAUAGCCUUUAUCAAAUGCCAUUUCACUCCACUCACUGUAAACAGCUGUUUUCUUAACUUAUGUAGAACAUUAAAUUAUUUCUAUGCAAGAACCAUGUCAAGAAACAAAAUCCCAAAUACAACCAAUUCUCU